GAUCAGCUGAUUUCAACGCUGCCAUUUUGUCCGCGGUAGUAGGCAGGCAGCAAGUGGAGCCAAGCCCCUACAUAUUCAAGAAGACUUGAAUAAUACAAAAGACGACGAUAUGAGUUGGAUGUCAAGGCUCAGUGGUUUCUGAGUUUUUGUUUGUUUGUUGUUGUUGCCAAUUUCAUGGAUAUAUCGGACCAAAUACGUUAAAUUCAGGUGUUCCUCUCCGAGACUCGGAGGAAGCAGGGUUAAGACAGGACGUACACUAGGUAGCUAGCUGGUGUGGUGUUAGCAGGAAGGCUAGCCAACUGGCUGCUGUCUUGUAUCCGUCUACAUCUAGCCUGAAGCUCAAGACAAGUUGGGAAGUUUGACAGUUUCACUUUGCCCAUUUUCGUUCGUUAUAUUUCGCUCGAAACCAAGGGACUCGUCUGUUCGAGGUAGCCUAAACACACAAAACGUCAGUGGAAGUUGAAUCUGAAGAAGGAUUUAAUUGUAGUGAACGUUUUGUUAGUAACUGUUAGUUAGCUUGGCUAAACUGUGAUCAUAAUUCAGGGCGCAUAGUUAUCUCGCCAGUGGGCUCUGGUCUUGUUAAUUGACCGUAGGUAUCCAGCUACCUAGCGAUGUUUAUAUGUAGCCAGCAAGCUGACAUUUCUGUUUACAAAUUGCAUAGUGGGACACAUUCCUGGUUCGAAUGCAGAAACGGAAAUAUUAGCUAACACAAACUAGUUUACUUGUUAUAUGUCAACGUUUUUUUUUUUACUAUACAGAAUACCUUGUUAAUGAUAGCUAACGUUAAUUAGCUAGAUAAUUGUUAACUAAUUUGCUUAUUCAAGACAUUAUAACAUAUUGUUUGUCCGGAUUUUUAGCCAGCCAGUUGGCAGCUGAACCACCAGGUUUGAUGUUGCAACAAAUACCUAAAAUUAGUCUGACAUUUUUCAACGAUACUGGCCUAGGACGUCAUACCACCUUUUUUUUUUUUAACGGAACCGAUUGACGUGGCCUGAAACCUCCACACUCUUGCCAUCACUGGUGUUACGCACGUCAGCUAAUAUCCAAUCGUUGGACAUUGUGUGUGUUUAUCAUCUAAAUAAUCGUUGUGAGUUUUGUAGCGAAACAGUGAAACACAAUGUCAGGACAGUCUAUAACGGAUCGCUUCGCAGCGGCACAGCACAGCAUGACCGGGUCUUCUAUCGGUAAAGCCGUGUGCAAGGCCACGACGCACGAAGUCAGCGGCCCCAAGAAGAAACACCUUGAUUACCUGAUCCACUGCACCAGUGAGAUGAACGUGUCGGUCCCCCAGCUGGCUGACACACUAUUUGAGAGGACAGCCAAUAGCAGCUGGGUGGUGGUCUUCAAAGCUCUGAUCGCUACACACCACCUUAUGAUGUAUGGCAAUGAGCGUCUUAUCCAGUAUCUGGCUUCUAGAAACACCCUGUUCAACUUGAACAACUUCUUGGACAAAGGUGCUCUGCAAGGUUAUGACAUGUCUACGUUCAUCCGUCGGUACAGCCGCUAUCUGAAUGAGAAGGCCAUGUCUUACAGACUGGUGGCUGUGGACUUUACCAAGAUGAAGAGAGGGAUUGACGGUGUGAUGCGCACCAUGAGCACAGAGAAGCUCAUCAAGACCUUGCCGAUUAUCCAGAACCAACUAGACACACUGUUAGACUUCCAGGCCAACCCUAAUGAGUUAACUAACGGAGUCAUCAAUGCAGCCUUCAUGCUGCUGUUUAAAGACUCCAUCCGUCUGUUUGCUGCCUACAACGAGGGUGUCAUCAACCUACUGGAGAAGUAUUUUGAUCUGAAGAAGGGUCAGUGUAAAGAGGCGUUGGACAUCUAUAAGAAGUUCCUGUACAGGAUGACCAAGCUGUCUGAGUUUCUCAAAGUAGCGGAGCAAGUUGGAAUAGAUCAGGGUGAUAUCCCCGAUCUCUCACAGGCAGUUAAAGGAUCAUGCAUUGUAGGUGGUGGGUUACUUACUGUAAUGCUUUUCCCCGAGCAUCUCCCCUCCCUAGAAAUACCAGCACUACUUCAGCUGAAGAGUGAAGUCAAUGGCCUUCGUCAUGGUGGCUGCUGUAACAGGAAGUUGUUGACUUUACCUUAUGAAAUGUGUCCUCCGUAUUUAACCUCUCUGAAUCAGAGACUAUCGCUGCUACCAGUGGUAUAUACACUAUCUAAAUCUCUGGUUCCUCUUUUCUCUCUCGCUCACCCUCUUCACGUUUAUACUGUAUAUAAAAGCUGUCCUCUCURCCUGUUCUCCCACUAUAGAGCGUCCACUCUGUCCAGUGCGGUGACGUCUCUGUCCAGUACAGGCAUGUCCUUCAGCCGCAUGGACGAGAAGGAGAGACUGCAGGCCUUAGAAGAGGAGCAGGCCAGACUGCAGGCCCUCAAGGACCAGCGUCUGAAGGAGGUCAGUGUGUCCAUCUCUCCCUCUGCUUCCCCCAGUACACAGUCGAUGGGCAGUGUCAACCACAACACCAACCAGGCCAUGGAGCUAUUCAACACACCAUCCACCAAUAGCAUGCCCAACCUCACUAGUGAUCUGUUUGACCUGCAGCCAGCCUUCAUCCCUGCUGUCCAGAGCACUCCUUCCAUCUCUACAGCCCCCAGUGCCUGGGGAGGUGCUGCUGUGCAAGCCCAGUCCUCCAUAAGUGUAGAUUUUGAUGCUGUUUUUGGGGGCGGGGCUAGAGGAAUAGCCAAUAACGGCGUGCAGCCAGCCGCUGAUGGGUUUGAUGCUCUUGGGGACCUGCUGAAGCCCACAGUGUCCAACCAUAACCAGGCUCCCCCCAUGGCCCUCCACCACCCCCACCCAAGUCACCCCCAUCCAGGGUACCACCCAGGGGGCAAGCUGCUGGCCAACGACCUGGACUCCUCCCUCGCCAACCUCGUUGGCAAUCUGCAGUUCGGAGGAGCCCCAGCCAAGAAGUAAGUGUGUGUGUGUGUGUGUGUGUGUGUGUGUAGAGCCAGACUACUGCAUCGUUUUCCCUAGACAAUAGAGGGCUAUGGCGGUCUGCCAUCCUACAGUACUCCAGUCCCAGGCAGGCAGUGCUGAUAACACACAAUAGACUGCUUCUCGACAUAAAACACACUACUAAAAUCAGUGAUAGUCUGGGCCUCCUGAGUGGCGCAAGGCGCUGCAUCGCGGUGCUUGAACCUUCACUACAGCCCCGGGUUCGAUCCCAGGCUGUGUCACAGCCGGACGUGACCGGGAGACCCAUGAGGCG